AUGAACGCUAACAUCACGGGUGAAGAGUACCGAUACUGCCAGCAAGUAUGGGAAGACAAUGAAAUGUCCACCUUUAAAGAUUUCUUGGUUUGGUACAAUAAUCUGGAUGUAGUACCUUUCCUCGAGGCAGUAGAAUAAAUGAGUCAAUUCUGGCAAGAGAGAAAGAUUGAUAUGUUUAAAGAUGGGAUUUCUGUGCCUGGUCUCACCCUUAAGUACCUCUUCUCAUACCUCUCACCUCAAACUUGCUACAGUCUCUUCCAUCAAGCGAACAGCGAUCUCUAUCACCUCAUUAAAGACAACAACACAGACGGCCCAAGUAUUAUUUUCCACCGACAUCAUGAAGCAGGCAAAACAAAGAUCAGAGAAGCAGAGGAAGGCGAGGCUGCUAAGCUCUGUGAAAAAAAUCAUCGGUUACGAUGCAAAUGCGCUUUAUCUCUGGGCGCUGAUGGAGGACAUGCCCACGGGAAGUUAUACGAGACGCUUAGCAGAGCAUGAGUUCAAACCUAAAAGCUCUAUCAAGCUGGCGAUUCAAUGGUUAGAAUGGGUGGCGCACCAAGACAGAAUACAUAUCAGACAUCAGCUGAACAAUACAGAGAAGUGCAUUGGGCAUCGUAAACUUCCCGUCGACGGUUUCAAUUUUGAGUCACAAACUGUGUACCAGUUUCAGGGGUGUAAUUGGCACGGCCAUGACUGCGCUCUUAACCGCGGAAAAGAAGUUAACGAGAAACAAAACAGACCUAUGACGGAACUGCUGGAAGAAACUAGAGCCAACACCGAGUAUAUUUGAAGCAAAGGCUACCGUGUCGUGGAGAUGUGGGAAUGUGAAUGGCGCCGGAUGAAGAGAACCAACCGAGAACUACAGCGAUUCAUUGCCACCGAAGUAAGAAGAACCUUGGAUACCAUCAAGAUUAUGAGCUCGGAGCGAAUUUUGAGCGAGGUGCGACAAGACCGUUUGUUUGGUUGCGUUGAAGUGGAUAUUCGUGUGCCUGAACAUUUGAAAGAGAAAUUCAGUGAAAUGUGCCCCAUCUUCAAAAACACCAACAUCAGCCGCGAUGAUAUUGGAGACUUCAUGAAAGCGUACGCAGAGGAGCAUAACAUCAUGGCUCAGCCUCCGUGAAGCUUGAUUGGNAUACUGCCAGCAAGUAUGGGAAGACAAUGAAAUGUCCACCUUUAAAGAUUUCUUGGUUUGGUACAAUAAUCUGGAUGUAGUACCUUUCCUCGAGGCAGUAGAAUAAAUGAGUCAAUUCUGGCAAGAGAGAAAGAUUGAUAUGUUUAAAGAUGGGAUUUCUGUGCCUGGUCUCACCCUUAAGUACCUCUUCUCAUACCUCUCACCUCAAACUUGCUACAGUCUCUUCCAUCAAGCGAACAGCGAUCUCUAUCACCUCAUUAAAGACAACAACACAGACGGCCCAAGUAUUAUUUUCCACCGACAUCAUGAAGCAGGCAAAACAAAGAUCAGAGAAGCAGAGGAAGGCGAGGCUGCUAAGCUCUGUGAAAAAAUCAUCGGUUACGAUGCAAAUGCGCUUUAUCUCUGGGCGCUGAUGGAGGACAUGCCCACGGGAAGUUAUACGAGACGCUUAGCAGAGCAUGAGUUCAAACCUAAAAGCUCUAUCAAGCUGGCGAUUCAAUGGUUAGAAUGGGUGGCGCACCAAGACAGAAUACAUAUCAGACAUCAGCUGAACAAUACAGAGAAGUGCAUUGGGCAUCGUAAACUUCCCGUCGACGGUUUCAAUUUUGAGUCACAAACUGUGUACCAGUUUCAGGGGUGUAAUUGGCACGGCCAUGACUGCGCUCUUAACCGCGGAAAAGAAGUUAACGAGAAACAAAACAGACCUAUGACGGAACUGCUGGAAGAAACUAGAGCCAACACCGAGUAUAUUUGAAGCAAAGGCUACCGUGUCGUGGAGAUGUGGGAAUGUGAAUGGCGCCGGAUGAAGAGAACCAACCGAGAACUACAGCGAUUCAUUGCCACCGAAGUAAGAAGAACCUUGGAUACCAUCAAGAUUAUGAGCUCGGAGCGAAUUUUGAGCGAGGUGCGACAAGACCGUUUGUUUGGUUGCGUUGAAGUGGAUAUUCGUGUGCCUGAACAUUUGAAAGAGAAAUUCAGUGAAAUGUGCCCCAUCUUCAAAAACACCAACAUCAGCCGCGAUGAUAUUGGAGACUUCAUGAAAGCGUACGCAGAGGAGCAUAACAUCAUGGCUCAGCCUCCGUGA